AUGGCUGCAUCUGAAUCGCAAGUUGGAGUGGCUCUGAUCGGAGGAGGAAUCUGGGCAAGAGAAGAACACGCACCUGCCAUUGAGGCUGCCUCGACUAUUUCUUUCAAAGCUGUUUAUUCACGCUCAGCUGCCUCCGCUCAUUCUAUUGCCGAGCAGCUUUCUUGCAAAGUUGAUGUCUAUUCUGAUGAUACCGAUAGUGGAUUUGAUGAUCUCCUGAAGCGAUCUGAUAUCCAAGCAGUGGUUAUAUCACUGCCCAUUGGACACCAGCCACGAUUCAUUCAAGCCGCUCUUUUGGCAGGCAAGCAUGUUCUUUCCGAAAAGCCGGUCGCCGAGAAUGUCGACGAGGCAAAGAAGCUUAUUCAUUGGUAUCGCAAUGAGAUCCAGGGUCCAACCUGGACAGUUGCAGAGAACUGGCGCUUCCUGAAGAGCUACGAAUACGCCGCCACACAGAUCAGCAGCUUAGGCAAGAUCACUGGCUUCCAAGGACGUCAACAUGAUCUUGUUCCGGAGAAUUGGAAAUUUAAUCUCACUGAAUGGCGACGCAACCCAACCCAUCAAGGUGGCUAUCUUCUCGAUGGCGGAGUGCACUAUGUGGCAGGGCUUCGAUUGCUCUUGUGUGUGGAACCCGGUCAUCGGAUCGCCUCACUCUCGGCGUUCACAAACCAGAUUCAACCCUAUCUUCCUCCAGUCGAUACCGCUGACGUGAUAUUGAGGACAACAUCGGGCGUGACUGGCGUAUUCCAGAUUUCUCGGGGCACUUCAUUGCGCGCGGAUGAAUGGACUAUUGUAUGUUCUAAUGGUUGGAUUAAGAUUGAGAAUGAAAAGGUAACUAUCUCUCGCGAUGGAAAGAUCGAGGUUGUGACCAUCACAAACGAGAGAACUGGAGUCCCACCUGAGAUUAGAGCUUGGGGCUUAGGUCUCGUCGAGGGCAAAACACGACCAGAGCAGGAGCCGGAGACUGCGUUGGCUGAUCUUGAACUGAUUGAGCUCAUGCUUAAAAGUGGUAGCCGGGAUGGCGCGCCUCUUGUCUGUAGCCACCAGGAUAUACAGUAG